AUGAAUGCAGGAAAUCAUUCCACAGUAACUUUCUUCAUCCUGGCUGGGCUCUCAAAGCAGCCAGCUCUCCAGCUGCCCCUCUUCCUCCUCUUCCUACAGGUCUACAUCAUCACAGUGGUGGGCAAUAUGAGCAUUAUCAUGCUGAUUUGGUUUAGUUCUCACCUGCAUACUCCUAUGUACUAUUUCCUCAGCAAUCUGUCCUUUAUUGACCUCUGUCAUUCCACUGUCAUUACCCCCAAAAUGCUGGAAAACUUUGUGAAUGAGAGGAACUUCAUCUCUUACCCUGAAUGCAUGACUCAGCUCUGCUUUUUCUCUUAUUUUGCUAUUGCAGAGUGUCACAUGUUGGCUGCAAUGGCAUAUGACCGCUAUGUUGUCAUCUGUAACCCUUUACUUUACAAUGUCGUUAUGUCUCAUCAUCUCUGCUUCUGGCUCACAGCGGGUGUUUAUACUUUGGGUUUUAUUGGGUCAUCAGUUCACACAGGUCUCAUGUUGAGACUCAUUUUGUGCAAGGCCAAUGUUAUUAACCACUACUUUUGUGAUCUCUUCCCACUCUUGGAACUGUCUUGCUCCAGCAUAUAUAUCAAUGAAUUAUUUAUUCUUUUCCUAAGUGCAGUAAACAUCCUCACUCCUACCUUGACCAUCUUCACUUCGUAUGUCUUCAUCAUGGACAGCAUCCUGCACAUCUGUUCCACUGAGGGCAGGUCUAAAGCCUUCAGCACCUGCAGCUCCCACAUCUCUGCUGUUGCUAUCUUCUUUGGUUCUGCUGCAUUCAUGUACUUACAGCCAUCAUCAGUAAGCUCAAUGGAACAAGGGAAAGUGUCAUCUGUGUUUUAUACUACUGUUGUUCCCAUGCUGAACCCAUUGAUCUACAGCCUGAGAAAUAAGGAUGUCAAAUCUGCUCUGAAGAAAACUCUAGACAGAAGAAUUAAUUUUUUAAGAUUUGGGAAUAUCUAG